AUGACCAGGAUACCCUUUGGUGCUGCACCAAGUCCGUUCCUACUCGCCGCGACGCUUCGUUACCACUUCACUUCGAUGAUCGACACCUACCCCGAAACCUCCCGAAGACUGGCAGACAGCUUCUAUGUGGAUGACUUCAUCACAAGUGUCAGUUCAAGGAAAGAGGCGGAACUUGUACACUGUGAGGCUAAUGAUGUCUUAGCUGCGGCCGUUAUGCAUUUAACGAAAUGGACAAGUAACGACAAGGGGCUACAGGGAUUAUCCGCAAAUGAGGCCGAGGAUAACGACGAAAGGAAGAAAGUACUUGGCAUGGCUUGGAACACCACAGAUGACGUUCUGUCGCUGUCAAUGGAUUCAUUACGUCAAUCCUUGACGAGCAAGAAGGACACAAAGGGGUGCCUCCUACAAUCUAGCGCUCGCAUACUUGAUCCUCUCGGCAUACUUUCGCCCUACACCGUUAAGGCAAAAAUACUGAGCCAACGAGCGUGGGAACUGGGCGUUGUCUGGGACGACGAGCUUCCUGAACACAUCUCUGAAGAGUGGCAACAGUGGUGCAAGGGAAUUCCGCUCUUACGAGACAUUGUUGUGCCGAGAGCAAUCACACGGGACGAGCACGUUGUGGCACGAGGUAUUCACUGCUUCUGUGAUGCAAGUCUGCAGGCGUACGGUGCAGUGGUGUAUAUGUGCACUGUGUACGAAGAUGAAAGUAUUAACGUCGUCAUCAUAUCUGCGAAGUCGAGGGUGGCACCAUUAAAGCGCGUGUCUCUUCCAAGGCUUGAGCUAUUGGAUGCCCUGGUAGGUGCUAGACUGACGCAUUUCGUGGUCACGGCUCUAGACUGCGCGGAUGUAACGGUUCAAUACUGGACAGAUUCCAGUGUGGCUUUGUAUUGGGUGAGGAGAAGCGCCACGAGAUGGAAACCCUUUGUGGCAAACCGCGUUGUUGAAAUCCAAGACUUGACCAACCCGUCACAGUGGCAUCACUGUCCAGGCGAACCAAAUCCAGCUGAUUUGCUAACACGAGGAGUGCGGCCUGAAGUGUUACUGAGAGACGGCAUGUGGUGGAAUGGACCAAAGUGGCUUAACAGCGCGGAGGAUCACUGGCCUAAACCAAUCGGGGAGCCCUUGUGCCUUCCGGAGACAGCGUCGAUAGAGAAGAAGACGAGCGUCACUGCAAUGGUUACAGCAGGCGCUGAGGAAAGUACGCCUAUCUUCAGACUUGCGGACUAUGGCUCGCUCCUUACGGUUCUGUGUAUCACUGCAUGGAUGCUACGUUUCAUUUACAACUGCCGACACAACGAGGCAAGAGCUACAGAGAACUGGAGCGCCUUUCGUCAGGCAAGGAGACCGUCGGUGAAACAUCUUCACUACGGAACUUACAACCUACUGCGCCUGCGAGGACGGCUUCAGCAGUGCGACGCCGACGUGGAGAUCAAACAUCCUAUAAUUCUCCCCAAAGAUCACGGCUUCACGUCAAAGCUCAUCACGCAAGAACACGUGCGACUUUUCCACGCUGGAGUGCGAGAUACAUUGGUGCAGCUUCGUGAAUCGAGGAAAUGGAGAGCUAAGCCCGCUGACGAGCCCGUGGCGCCUCUGCCGCGCGACCGAGUGACGAAAGCCGAGCCCUUCGCAGUGUCCGGAAUCGACUUCGCCGGGCCGCUGUACUACAAAUCGGAGACAGGAAGCCGCAAAGCCUAUAUUGUCUUGUUUACCUGUGCAGUAACUUCAGCUGUGCAUCUAGAACUGGUGACUGAUUUGACGGCUGCGAAAUUUCUGUUGGCGUUUCGCAGAUUCAUUUCAAGAAGAGGAAUAUGCCACACCGUAUAUACGGAUAAUGCUCUCACCUUCAAGCGUGCUUCCAGGGACCUCAAACGAUUCUGGACCGACAUCCGAAGCGACGAAGUGGCCAACUACUUCUCCGGAACCCAUAUUCACUGGAAAUUCAUCGCUGAAAGAGCGGCGUGGUGGGGUGGGUUCUGGGAGAGAAUGGUGCGGUCCGUUAAAACGGCACUACGCAAGGUCCUUGGAAAGAACAGUCUCACGCUCGACCAGCUAACGACACUGCUGAUAGAGGUAGAGGCGAUGGUCAACUCGAGACCCAUCUCUUUCGUCUACUCGGACUCCAACGAGCCCGAACCAUUGUCGCCAUCGCACUUCCUGGUCGGCAAACGGAUAACCAGACUGCCUGACCAGCCUACAGUCACCUACGAGCCCGGACAACCACUCCUUGCCAGAAUACUACGUUACCGAGAAGCGUUGCUGAGACGAAUCUGGAAGCGAUGGGUCCACGGAUAUCUCUUCGAGCUGCGGACAGCACAUCACCAACGCCCUGCUACCUCCACUGGACUGAAGGUCAACGACUUGGUGCUGGUGAAAGAUGACAAGCUGCCAAGGCAAAUGUGGAAGAUGUGCCGCGUGGUGAAGGUGUUCCCAGGCCGAGACGGACGUGUGCGAUCGUGCGAGGUGCAACUUCCCGGUGGUGAAACUAUUAAACGUGCUGUCCAACACCUUUUCCCGCUAGAAAUUGUAUAA